GAAUCUUGCCUCAUCAAUCCCCAUCAGCACCAAGACCAAUGAAUCUCCAUCCACAUCCAAUUCAAACUCCUCCAAAGGCUGUCCUCUUCUUUUACUCUCACCCCUUGAGAAGACAUCACCAGAAGCACCCUCUGUGGGACCACAACCACCGUCCGCAACAUGAGGAGUGCAGUUAGCAGCUUAGGAGCACUGUAUGCUCAUACAGAGUUCUAAGUUUUUGACUCAUUCACCAUGUUAUGGUCUGUGCAGAUAAAUUGGUGAAAAAGGCCUAUGAGAAUUGGAAUGAUGUCACACCAUACGAAGCUGAGGCUUCUUCAAGUUCCAUGUCAGAGAAGAUCUCGUGUUCUUUUCUGUGUGAAGUUCUAGGAGAUCAACAAUGCCGCCAUCCAGCUCAUAACAAUACGCCUCCAGCGAGAUUGGGCAGUGAUGUUGGUUUGAAAGUACCUCCGAGAACUUCAGCAUCCACAGUGGAAGGAAAUCAAGGCAUUACUGCUGCUCCGCUGCCAAUACGAUCACAGAGUCUUAAUCCCCAAAAUGCCACAUUGAGCCAAAUGGAGCCUUCAGCAGAUACAAAUGUACAGCCAUUAGGACAACCUUACAGGUCAACAUCAGGCUUCCCAUCUUUAAGUAUGUUGAAAUUUCUCCCUCCAAUGUCAAUUUCUUCGCGGCAUAAUAUUGGUUAUCCUAUCUUGUGGAAAAAUUGAGAACAAAGAUUGGGACAUCCACACUAAAAAUAUACUUAAUGAAUUUUCGCUGUGAUUAUAUAUGUGGUGUGAAUAUAACUUGCUGGAACAAAAGUAAAUUGUCAUCAUAUCUUCGGCUUUGGUCUAGGG